AUGUACAGGCUGGCUGAUGAAGUGAAGUCAGUGUCAGUGAUGGAGGGAGAUUCUGUCACUCUGAAGACUGAUCUUACUGAAAUACAGAGAGAUGAUCUGAUAAUGUGGACAUUUGAACUCGUUCUCAUAGCUAAAAUCAACGGAAAAGACAAUAAGAGAGAUUUUUAUGAUGAGAGAUUCAGAGACAGACUGAAGCUGGAUCAGACUGGAUCUCUGAUCAUCACAAACACCAGAACCACUGACUCUGGACUUUAUAAAGUCACCAGCAGCAGAAGAGAGACGCCACUCAAUACAUUCAAUCUCACUGUCUUUGCUUGUCUGUCUGUUCCUCUCAUCAGCAGUACAUCUUCACAGAAUACACCAUCAUCAUCAUCAUGUUCAUUUCUGUGUUCAGUGGUGAAUGUGAGUGAUGUGACUCUCUCCUGGUACAAAGGAAACAGUUUAUUGUCCAGCAUCAGUGUGUCUGAUCUCAGCAGAAGUCUUUCUUUACAUCUGGAGUGUCUGGAUGAUUUCUACAGCUGUGUGGUGAACAAUCCCAUCAGGAACCACACCACACAUCUCAACAACACUGAAUAUUGUCAGCCAUGUUCAGAUGUAAGUUGGAUAGCGCUGAUUUCUGCUCCUGGGUCUCUGUUGAUCAUAGCUGCAGUUGGGAUCUUCUUCAUCUGCAGGAAACACAGAAAAACAGACCAAGAAGCUGAAACUGUUGAGACUGGAGCAGAGAUCACUUACGCGGAUCCAAUAUUCUACAAAUGA